GAGUAAACAAUAGAUUAUGUAAAGUCACCGGGUGAUUAUAUCAACGUGUAUGAGAAAUAGUUUAUUACUCAAUAGUGCUUCAAAUAUUAACACUAAGUGCAGUAAAAAUUAAUAGACAAGCAUCAGGUGGGAUAUUUAAAUAUUAUUGUGUGUUCUAUCACAUAAAUUUUAAAUUAUCACUUGACACGCAAUGAGUGCAGACUGUGUACUUCAGGACCUCAGAGGAUCAUCAUCAUUAAUUAUCAAUAGUAAAAAAAAUAAAUAAAUGAACAAAUUCGAUUGUUAAUAAAAUAAACAAAAGACAAGUAUUUGAAAAUUUAUUUAAAAAUGACAGCAAUAAUUAUUUGAAAAUGAACAAUGAAAAUGACAGUAAUAAUUUUUUAAAAAAUCUAACUGCGUAGAUAACGAAAGUUAAUAAAAGGGUCCAACGUAACAUCAAGGACAAAGACUCGCAUCGGGACGUGGGUUAAUCAAUAAUAUAGCAACCCUACGCAGCAAAUACUCAGGAGAGUCCUUACAAGAUUUGUGUGCGUACUCAUAUACACACACAGAGAACACGAGUUGUUUACUUCAGGGUGGAUCAUAACACGGAUGACCUUGAAAAGACGAUCCAGGGUCACAUGACAAAGUUUCUCACUGCGAUUGGCGCGCGGUCGGUAAUUUCUUUCUGCGUACAUCUCACAGCGCACCGAAUAUCAGCGCCAUCCAUCUUUUUUUCAAAACCAGCUGCCUAAGCGCGCGCAUCCUUUUCAAUGCGCACGCGCUUUUAUAUUUGAAUGCGCACGCGCGGAUUUUUGAUUUAACUGUGUGAGUUACACACACACGUGUCGCGUAUGUGUUCCGUGUACACAAAGAAAUAAUUUUAGUCUUUCUACUUGGUUUGGUUGUCGCUGGUCGUCGUACUUCCUCCCACCGGUCGCUCAAGUGAGUUUGUGUGAAUUGUUGUGCGUAUAUAUAUAUAUAAAUAUAUUCGAUCUCAUAUUUGCGUGUAGUUUGUUAAUACAUAUAUGUACACUAGUAAAAAGUAAAACGACCAACAACCUCCAGCACAACACAACGUUUUUAAUGUGUACUAAUAUCUAAGUACGGUAGUGUUACAAUACAAGUAAAGUUAUAAAUAAAUGAUAUAAAAAUGUAAAAUUUAGUAUUUACAGAUUUAUAUUUAAUUAAAAUAAUAAUAAAGUGUAAUAAUUAGUGCGUGUGUAUUUAUAUAUAUGUUAAAGUCGGAGUAUCGCGCGCGCGUGUUGUGUUUUGUGUUACGGCGGCUGUGGCAGCGGUCACGACGCCGCUGGUGUUUUUGUGUUGUCUUACGUCCACCAAGAUGAAGUCCGACUCAAAAUCUUUGUUGACAGCUCAAGCGGAAAAGGCGAAUCAUUACACAUACUUGAAGGAAUUUCGUGUCGAACAAUGUCCACUGUUUAUACAGCGAAAGUGCACACAGCAUCGGCCAUUCACGUGCUUCAACUGGCACUUUAUGAACCAGCGAAGACGCAGGCCAGUGAGAAAACGGGACCGCACCUUCAACUACAGCGCGGACAAUUAUUGCACAAAGUACGACGAGACUACCGGCAUAUGUCCCGACGGCGACGAGUGCCCAUUUUUACAUCGAACAGCCGGAGAUACAGAGCGGCGUUAUCACCUACGCUAUUACAAGACCUGUAUGUGUGUACAUGACACAGACACUAGAGGAUUUUGUGUUAAAAAUGGACCUCAUUGUGCUUUUGCACACGGGAAUCAUGAUCUACGUCCGCCGGUAUACGAUAUCAAAGAGAUUCAAGCCCUGGAAAAUCCCGACUCUGAUCCAAAUUCAUCCUCAAAUGGACCGAACAUUCUUGAUAAAGAGCGUAACUUGAUGAAUGAAGAUCCUAAAUGGCAAGACACUAAUUAUGUGCUCAGUAAUUACAAGACUGAGCCAUGUAAAAGACCGCCGCGACUAUGCAGACAGGGAUACGCGUGUCCUCAAUACCACAAUAGCAAAGACAAAAGACGUAGCCCACGUAAAUCAAAGUAUCGGUCAACUCCUUGUCCUAAUGUCAAACACGGGGAAGAGUGGGGCGAGCCAGGUAAUUGUGACCAGGGAGACAACUGCAUGUACUGUCACACUCGUACAGAGCAGCAAUUUCAUCCGGAAAUUUAUAAAUCAACAAAGUGUAAUGAUGUUCAGCAAGCUGGUUAUUGUCCUCGUGGCGUCUUCUGUGCAUUUGCACACGUUGACCGUGAGUUUACUCUCAUAAAUCUAUUGCCAACAGAAGACAUGGGCCUCGCACGGGAUAUGGCUGUUCCAAUUGAUUGCGGCACCAAUUUGGCAGAUCUACUCAGCAAUGCUCUACCUCCGGACAAGCGGUCACUCGACAAAGACAAACAACUCAGCGACAGCAGUUUCCUGGGAUUACAGAAUGGAAGCGGUGAAGUGUCAGAAUCAGCAAGUACAAGUAGUCUUGGUAGUAAUAAUUCACACAGUAAAGCACCUGGUGCACAAUUACAUAAUUCCAGUACAAAUAAUUCAACAAAUAAUUCAAAUCAGCAUAAACUAUCCAGUAUGCUAUUUAAUCCUAAUUCUUUUUUACAACUUAAUGAGUUACGAAAACAAGUAAUAGCAAUAGAAAAUGAUCCAAUUUUAACAAAAUCUGAAAAAUUACAACGCAAACAAAGUCUUGUGUUGGCUUAUAAUUUAAACGGAUCAUUGGGACACUCAUUAGGGUCAACGGUAUCACCUCUUUCGAGUAGUUCAUUUUAUCCAAAUGAUACUGUUGAAUCAGUAGUAGGUAACGCAUUGGACGAAUUGCAUUUAGACGACCCAUUAAAUUUAGUAGACUCAAUGCACCGAGACACCAGCUCUCCAAUAAGCAAUUCAAUAUCUGCGGGUCUCGCGAGCUCCGGAUUACUAGGUAGUUCUGCGCCAGUUAAUAUUCCCGGUAUGGCUGAACGCUCGGUUUUAUCAAAUUUUUCACCUUCUACGUCCAGUCCAUUACAGCAUCUACAAUCCGCUGGAUUUUUAACUGGAUCGAGAUUUUCUCACCAAGAUCCAAUCGAAUCUACGAUGCCAUUUUUGAGUCACUCAGUAUCGGAUCCAUUUUCUAAUCAUAUAUCUCAACUAAGUAGUUCGACAUCAAAACUCAGUGGUUUUAAUAGUAGUCUAUUUGAUUUUGCAAAUCAAGGAUUAUCGCCAUCGCGUACACAGCCUUUAGGAGCAUCACCGCUUGUUAACGCAUUUUCAAUAAGCCCCAGUAAUUCUGGAUCACUGUCAGAGUUGCAGGUUCAGAGGUUGAGAGAAGAGUUGACUUCAAGUCGCGCACAACUGGCUACUUGGGAUGAGAGGAUAAAUCAAGCACGUGCUGCUUGCUCGGCUUGGCAAUUGGAGAGUGAAGAGGCUAAAAGAAAAGCGUCAGUUGCGGAACAACAGCGAGAUGAGGCACUGAUGCAAGUAAAAGCACUGAAAAAUGAGAAUGAAGCAGCUUCCUCAAGUGGCAAUUCACAUAUUCAUUCAAUGAAACGUAUUAGUAAUGAGCUACGAAAUUUGUCAAUAGGCGCAUUGAAAUCCAUUCAGUCACAGCUGCGUCAAGAGCUCGAGGAAGUUGAAAAAGUAUUGUAUCGAGAAACCGCGACCAAGUGUAUGGUUUGUGAGGAACAAAACCGUGCGGUGACUCUGUCGCCAUGUAAUCAUUACGUCGUAUGUUCAACGUGUGCUCCAAAUCAACGCGAGUGUCCAUACUGCCAGACCCCCGUUGUCUCAACCAGUUAAAUCGACUUAUUACCAGUACACUUAUUAUCUUCAUCGUCAUCAUCAUUACUAUUGUAAUUUUCUUCAAUACAUUCUUCUCGGUACUGUUACCACUAGUGUAGCAGUACGAUAACAAAAAAAAGUCAUAACAAGUUCGCGCUACGUCAAUUGAAACAAGUGUGACUAAAAUACUGUUAUGAUUUAGUUUCGCUUAUUCAAUUUAACGUGAAUAUGAAUUUAUUAAAUGUGACAAACACUUGCGGCUGUCAUUUGCAGAAUCGUAAGUCAGUUAAUAAAAAAUAAACAGUGACAAGAGGCUUAAAAACAUUUGUUUAAGUCAUCAUUUUUAUAAUUUUUUAUUUACUUUCAAUUCACAUCUGACUAAUUGAGGCUGUCAGAAUUUUUUUUUUUUUUUUUUUUUCUACCGAGACCAAGUCUCAGUGAAGUUUAAUGUGCUAAUUAAAAUAAAAACAAAAGUAAAUUUUAAAUUCUUAGGAAUUGAUUAAAUAAAAAAAUAAAACAAAGUAUAUAUAUAUACAUAUAUAUUUAAAAAAACUUGUACACUGACACAAUAAUCAGUACAAUGAUAAUAGUCUGAUGGUUAAUUUUUUGAAUGGGAAAUAAAUGAUAAUAAUUAUAACAAUUAAUUAUUAUAAUAAUAAUUAAUUAUUUAAAGCGCAACAAAAAAGUUUAAGAAAAUGUUAUUAGUAAAUUAAGCCGUAAGAUGUUUCGGUAUUUAUAAUAAUAAUAAUAAUAAUAAUAAUAUAUAAUAAUUAAUAAUUACAGUCAUGUUUUCAUAAGAAAACUCCUCAUGUCACGUGCAGAUUUAUCAAACUAAUUAGAUUUAAGUAGUAAUUUCUUAAAGUAUUAACACAUUUCUUUUUUUACUCAUCGGUACAAGGGGUUUUACGUAAAUCAAUAAUGAUUUAUUUAUUUUAAUAGCUUUUUUUUAUCACAAUUAGUAUAUUUUCUUAUAUUAAUAUUUAAUAAUAAUAAUAAAUAAUAUUUUAGAUAGGCGGUUUUAAAAUUCAAAUUAAUAUUAUAUUUUUAAUUUAAUAAUUAACUAAUUACUAUAUUAUAUAUUUAUCCAUUUAAUUUUUUUCUUUACUUAUUUGUCUAAAAUGUUUUAAUUUAUGAGUUUAUAAUUAUAAUUAUUUUUCAAAUUUCAAUAUAAAAGUAAUUGUUUUUUAAUAGGAAUAAAUUGAACUUGAAUUGAUAGUUAGUGUAAAGAAUAAAUUAGAGUGUGGUUUAGCAGGAAAAAAAAUUGUGCACAUUUAAUAGUAAGUCUUAAAAUGUAAUAAUAAUUUAUUAGUUAAUUAAUUUUUUUUUUAAAUAAAUAAUAAAAAAAGGCGGGUGUUUAGAAUUUUUAAAUUUAAAAAAUCAAAAAUAAUAAAUUAAUACAAUGAACUGAUAAUAAAUAUAUAAUAAUUAUAUUUUUUCAAUUGAUAUAAUGGCUAUUGAAACAUCUUACGAUUUAAUUUAUUUUAUAACAAUUACUGAUAUGAAUUGAAAAUAAUAAUAAUAAUAAUUAAUAGAACUGCUGAUAUUUUUAACGAGAACUUACCUCGCUUGUUUGAAUAAAUUAAUAUUUACUAUACUAAUUAAUAGGAAGGGAAAAAUAAAUUAAGGUAUCAAGAAAUACUAGAAACAAAAUGAUAUAUAUAUGAAAUUUAUAAUAAUAAUAAAUGAGUAAAAGUAUGGAGGAAUAAAAUAAUUUUGAAAAUGCAGUUGUUAACCACUACGAUAAAAAAAAAGAAAAUAUUGAAAUUAAUAUUAAUAAAUUAAUUACAAAUGAAUAUUGUUUAAGGUAUAUUUAAAUAAUUAGCAUAGAUAGGAACGUUAUUAUCAAAUUUUUUCCUCAUAGACAUUUAAUGU